GUAGAAUUAGACCGUGGCUCCCGUGGUUUUGGGUUUUCAAUUCGUGGAGGUAGAGAAUUUAAUAAUAUGCCAUUAUUUGUGUUACGUAUUGCUGAAGGUGGCGCUGCUGAUGUAGAUGGCAGAUUAAGGGUCGGAGAUCAAAUUUUAGAAAUUAAUCAAAUAGAAACAACUAAUAUGAAUCAUUCAGAAGCUAUAGAUAUUAUACAAAAUGGUGGAUCUAUUGUCAGAUUAAAGAUGAAA